CGUUGACUAGCGAGUAAGGAGGCAAGAUGCAGAAGGAAAAGGUUAAAAAUCGCGGCCGCCAUUUACGACACCGUUUCUCGACGAUGGGAUUUACCACUCGCUUAAAUGAAAACCCCAAUCUUGUUAUUCUUCUUUCUUCAUCAGAUGCUUUCACAUCUUUCUUUGGAAUCGAACGCUUCCGAUUCUCAUACAGUCCAGCUGUAGAAACAGAUCCGAGAGAGACGAGGGAGAUUUCAUGGGGAGAUUGCUUCUUUCAUCUCCUCCUCCUCCUCCUCACAUCCGAUCAAGAGGCGCCAAUGAGCAAUGGCUCCUCAAUGCUGCGCCUUCCUCAAAGCUUAUGCAUCAGAAGCGCUCCUUUGGCUGUAGUCUAAGAGCAAGAGCAAGUUCAUUUAGCAAUCUUAAAGCAGAGGAAAUGCCUCAUCAAUGGUAUAAUCUCAUUGCUGAUCUUCCAUUGAAACCUCCUCCACCUCUACACCCAAAGACUCUCGAGCCAAUUAAGCCCCAAGAUCUGUCUCCUCUCUUUCCCGAUGAGCUGAUCAUGCAAGAGGUGACUGAAGACCGGUUCAUCGAUAUCCCAGAUGAAGUUGUUGAUAUUUACAGGCUCUGGCGCCCGACGCCGCUGAUCAGAGCAAAGAGACUGGAGAAGCUUCUCAACACACCAGCCAGGAUCUACUACAAAUACGAAGGCAACAGCCCAGCUGGAUCUCACAAGCCCAACACUGCAGUCCCACAAGCAUGGUAUAAUGCCCAAGAAGGAGUCAAGAAUCUCGUUACAGAAACUGGUGCUGGCCAAUGGGGGAGUGCACUAGCAUUUGCAAGCAGCUUAUUCGGUCUCAACUGCGAAGUGUGGCAAGUCCGGGCGUCCUACGAUCAGAAACCAUAUCGUAGGAUGAUGAUGCAGACAUGGGGAGCGAAAGUGCACCCAUCCCCAUCGAACUUAACAGAGGCGGGACGGAAAAUUCUUGACAUUGAUGCAACAAGCCCUGGUAGUUUAGGAAUAGCGAUAUCAGAGGCUGUUGAGAUGGCAGCUAUGAAUGCAGAUACAAAGUACUGUCUGGGGAGUGUUCUGAAUCAUGUUCUGCUUCACCAGACAGUUAUUGGUGAAGAAUGUAUUAAACAGAUGGAGGCGAUGGGCGAGACUCCAGAUGUGAUCAUUGGCUGCACAGGUGGCGGGUCCAAUUUCGCAGGUCUUGCAUUUCCAUUCAUUCGGGAGAAGCUGAAUGGAAGAGCUAAUCCUGUUAUAAGAGCUGUUGAGCCUACAGCAUGCCCGUCACUCACUAAAGGUGUCUAUGCUUAUGACUAUGGUGACACGGCGGGGAUGACGCCAUUGAUGAAGAUGCAUACACUUGGACAUGAUUUCAUUCCAGACCCCAUUCAUGCAGGUGGUCUGCGAUACCAUGGUAUGGCACCACUGAUUUCACAUGUAUAUGAAUUGGGUUUCAUGGAAGCAUUGUCAAUACCUCAGCUUGAAUGCUUUCAAGGGGCCAUUCAGUUUGCCCGGUCGGAAGGUCUGAUACCAGCACCAGAGCCAACUCAUGCAAUAGCUGCAACAAUCAGGGAAGCACUUCAUUGCAGAGAGACUGGAGAAGAGAAAGUUAUUCUCAUGGCAAUGUGCGGGCAUGGCCAUUUCGAUCUCCCUGCUUAUGAGAAAUACUUACAAGGAAAUAUGGUUGAUUUAUCAUUCUCAGAGGAGAAGAUCCAAGCAUCAUUGGCUAAGAUUCCUCUAGUUCAAUCUGAAGUUGCUGCCAAGAUCUGAUUCUAGUCAAGACGGUGAAAAAUGAAUAUAGAUGGUAGGUAAAUGUAUGCCUGUAGCUUUAGCUGCUCAUUACUCGAGCAGUUUUUGAUAGAUUGUUGAGUUGAAGUGGUUCACUCUAUCAUGCUUGAUAACUUAGUGAUGGUGACGAGUCGCUAUGAAACUCGCCCAUGAGCCUGACUUGGUUAUGAUUCAUUGAGCCAUCUCACUCUCGGUCGACUCAGCAUGACUCAAACUGGUCAGUAGAUGAGUGAUGUAGUUGAACCCACAAUCUCUUUCACUACUGGAGAUGAUGUUACCAGACUCAUGGUUAAUUUAGCCAUUUUAUAAAUAAGGGUUUUAGAA